GGAGUCGGCGCCGUACACGAAAACAGACAAUUCACAUUUCUCUUGAGAUGGCGCAUAAGUUGAUUAAGUCGUCGGGAUUUUUUCGUUCAUGGGUUCAUCGAAAUAGUUUUUCAACCAAGAAGUCAAAUGUACCACUAACUUGGUGUAGAUGCCUCCAUAAACAACCUCUAGACCAAGUGUGGGCGGAGAAAGCAAAGAAGGAAAUCAAAGGCAAGGACCCAAAUGAAACCUUGACAUGGAGGACACCAGAGGGAAUAAAUAUAAAACCAGUCUAUACAAAAGAUGAUAUGGUAGGUGUGGAGAAGGAGAUUCCUGGGGAAUACCCCUACACCAGAGGACCAUACAGUACUAUGUAUACUUUCCGUCCAUGGACAAUCCGCCAGUAUGCUGGAUUCAGUACGGUGCACGAGAGCAACAAGUUUUACAAAGAUAACAUUGCUGCAGGGCAGCAGGGGCUCAGUGUUGCCUUUGAUCUGGCUACACACAGAGGUUAUGACUCGGAUAACAUACGUGUACGAGGAGAUGUUGGAAUGGCAGGAGUAGCUAUUGACACCGUUGAGGAUACCAAUAUCCUGUUCAGUGGAAUCCCUCUUAACAAAAUCUCCACCUCCAUGACAAUGAAUGGAGCUGUCCUGCCUGUGAUGGCUAUGUAUGUGGUGUCAGCUGAGGAACAGGGUGUUAAGCAAUCAGAUCUAUCAGGAACAAUACAGAAUGAUAUCCUGAAGGAGUUCAUGGUUAGGAAUACCUACAUCUUUCCACCAGAACCCUCCAUGAAGGUCAUCGGAGACAUUUUCCAGUACACUUCUAAGCACAUGCCAAAGUUUAAUUCCAUAUCCAUAUCAGGCUAUCACAUGCAAGAAGCUGGUGCUGAUGCUGUGUUAGAGCUUGCUUUUACAUUGGCUGAUGGCCUUCAAUACAUACAAACAGGGUUGGACAGCGGUCUGGACAUUGACAAAUUUGCUCCAAGAUUGUCAUUCUUUUGGGGAAUAGGAAUGAAUUUCUAUAUGGAAAUAGCUAAAAUGAGGGCAGCAAGAAGACUUUGGGCACAUCUGGUGGAGAAAAAAUUCCAGCCCAAGAACCCCAAAUCAAUGGUACUGAGGGCACACAGUCAGACAUCUGGCUGGUCACUCACAGAACAGGAUCCCUACAAUAAUAUCAUGCGAACUGUCAUUGAGGCUAUGGCUGCUGUCUUCGGAGGAACACAGUCUUUACAUUCAAAUUCAUUUGAUGAAGCCCUUGGUCUGCCAACACCUUUCAGUGCUCGCAUUGCUCGUAACACACAGAUCAUCCUACAGGAGGAGUCGGGCAUCCCAAAUGUUGCUGAUCCCUGGGGAGGUUCUUACAUGAUGGAAAAUCUCACAGCUGACAUGUAUGAUGCUGCGUUAAAGGUCAUCACAGAGAUUGAGGAGAUGGGUGGUAUGGCAAAAGCUGUGGCUUCUGGAAUGCCUAAACUGAAGAUAGAGGAAUGUGCUGCGAAGCGACAGGCAAGAAUUGACAGUGUCCAGGAAGUGAUUGUAGGAGUCAACAAACACCGACUGGCCAAAGAGGAACAUGUAGAGGUCAGGUCAAUUGACAACAAUCAAGUCCGUACAGAACAGUUAGAGCGACUCGCUGCUGUCAAGGCAUCCCGUGACCAGGCUAAAGCAACGGAGUGCUUAGAGACGAUAACGAAGGCUUGUCAGAGUGGUGAUGGUAACCUGCUGGCUCUCAGUGUCGAUGCAGCCCGAGCAAGAUGUACAGUUGGUGAAAUUACGGAUGCCAUGACAAAGGUGUUUGGGCGCCACAAAGCCUCGGACAGAAUGGUCAGUGGGGCAUAUAAAUCGGCUUUUGGGGAGGAUGAUGAAAUCAGCAGAGUAAUGAAAAGAGUUCAGAGUUUCGCAGAGAAAGAUGGCCGUCAUCCCCGUAUUCUGAUCGCCAAACUUGGACAGGAUGGCCAUGAUCGUGGUGGCAAAGUGAUUGCCACAGGGUUUGCUGAUCUUGGUUUUGAUGUUGACAUUGGACCUUUGUUUUCUACACCAAAAGAGGCAGUUCAGCAGGUCAUUGAUGCUGAUGUUCACGUGGUAGGGGUCAGUUCAUUGGCCGCCGGCCACAAGACUCUUAUUCCGCAACUCAUUGAAGAACUGAAAGACAUCGGUCGAUCUGAUAUUUUGGUGAUCGCUGGUGGAGUUAUCCCUCCACAGGACUAUGACUUCCUGUACGAAGCCGGAGUUUCACAAAUAUUUGGACCAGGAACAAGAAUCCCUGACGCUGCUGAGAAGAUCGUUGAUGAAUUGCUGAAGAGAAUGAAUUGAACAUUUAAAAGAUGAGAGAGUGUGUUAAUAUCAUUUGUAUGACAUGGCGACCAUGAAUCAGUGGCCGCUGUUUUGUGGAUCAGAGGACUUUGUAAUUUAUUUAGGCGUGCUGUGGACGGGAUAUUUGUCAGCUAAAUGACGUUUGAGAAUACGUUGAAUUUCCAUAUUCUACACGCGACACGCGUUUCAAGUACAUAUGUAUCACUGAAACGCUAGAAGGAUGUAUGUAUCAUUUGGUAAUUCACAGACAGAUAAUACUCCAAAGCAGUUUUAAAUGUAUAAUAUGUAUGUAAUAUGCGAAUAUUUAAUUUUAUGAAAGAAUUCACUUUUCAGAUAUAUGAAAUGUCAUAAAAAUGACGUACAAUGUAGUGAUUUAAGCACAGCGUUUUAUGUUUGUGUCAAGCUGAUAAGUGAUAAAAAUAAGUAAUGUUUUUGGGCGUCACUUCGUUGACUUCAUUGAAGUCAUGACAUGAAAGUUUUGAAGACCGAUGAAGAACAUUAAAAAAAAACAAGAAUAUGCCAAGAUAUCGACAGAAUCACAUCCCAAACUCUUAUUCAAUAAAUUCAGGACAACAUAUGAACCAAAGAAAGAUUUACACGAAGACUUCUGAAAUAGUACAAGGAGAAUAAGACAAGGUGCUGCGGAAACUGAAACGACACACACGGUGUAAAUAUUUGUCAAUCUAAGUCACGUUCACCAUUGUAAAAAAAAAAAACAGCUGAACAAACAGAGAAAUCUAAUUAUAAUGUAAAUGACAAGACAGUUGUAUCGAAAUACAAAAACGUCUGAAAUCAUUUCAAGUUUUCGUGUAAUGCAAGUGCAUAUUAAGUGUCAUGUAAACAUAUACCGACAUACGUUUACAUUUUCAAAGGAACAAUUUAAUAUAAUUAUGAUACAAUUGCGACGUAAAAUAAUCAAAUUGGUAUACACAGUGGUUGUUUUGAAGAUUUCAUUUUGUGAAAUCUCAUUUCGUUAAAGUAACUACAAACCAAUCCCUUUUGUCACUACGGAAAUAUAAUCACGGAUAACGCCAUUAACUUGUACAUAUGGUUCGAUUUAUAUUGACUUCUGAAUUCUUUCAAACUUAAAUGGAAAUAAUGUUGUUUAAAACGUCAAAAUUGAGGAGUAUACUUGUGAUAUUUGUUGUAAGCAAAUGACGACAAGAUCGUGAUACCCCCGUCACAACUAAGUUAUCGUAAUUAAAUCCCAGACAUUAAGCAUACGAACAAACUAUAAAAAUGAGAUUCGUGUAAGUUAAAACGUUAAACCCAAAUUUCUAGAUUAGUUUCACAGUAUUUUGCUGAAGGAGGAAAGAAUCAAUUAGUAAUCGUUUAAUUAUGUUUCAAAGGUUUGAUUAAAGUUUUCUUUGCUCUUGUCGUCCUUUCCAUUGUAGUCGGACAUAAACUAGAAAAUAUGGCAGAGUGUCCUGUCUGUUUUCGGGUUUUACACUGCUAAAGCAGCGUAUCAAAGACGAAUGCAUGGUCUCUAAAACUUCCUCUUUUGGCCUGUUUAGGGUUUAUGUGUUAUACAUCACAAGAUGUAUUUGAUUUUAAUUGCCUUGAAUUCUUGUUGGUGAGAUUCUGAAUAAAGUAUGUAAUACAUGUACAUUUUGGCAUGUUUUGUGUCAAAUAAAAUGAAAAAACAGCAA